UCCCUAAUCGAGAUAAACUAUCGUUUUUUAAUCUCUUGGAGGAGAAGGUAUUUUGUUUCGUCUCACAAGUCCGAGUCACGACCACACAUGAGUCACUCAUUCGCCAGGUCACUACCAAUAGGAAAUCCUUAUAUUACUAGAAAGUCGUAGUCGUUGACUCUUCUCAUACUUGUACAUUUCUUUUCAAACGCCUGAUCCUGGAAGACUUCUUAAAAGCCGACUUUUUUUCUUAAAAACCCAAGAUAAAGGAACAACAUGGACGCAAGGAUGUUUGUGUGUCUACUUGCUCUUCAAAUGCUUAUGGCUACGAUGUCUGGAACACUCUUAGUCUCCCGAGAUGUCUCCCUAGACGAAGUUUGCCGAGAUACGUACAGCGACUGUGCCGGACUUGCAAGGUCAAUGGGGCUACAGAUGUGUCCGAUGUAUGGGUACUCCGUCUGCAAGAAAUACUGCAGGAAGUGUAGAUCAGACCUGUGCCGUGAUUUGCAGCCUUCUUAUGUCUGCUGGAAGCAAAGGGCCCUCAGACGGUGUUACAAUCCUUACGUCAGCAGGGUUUGCAAGAAAAAAUGCGGGUUCUGUUGAUGCUCUCGAAAACCAGGGAGUACAAAGAUGGCCUUUAGGAGCUUAAAUUAAAACACCUAUAUACCAUUUAUAAUAUUAACCUAUUGUGAUACAGUUGGGACAAGUAAAAAUCAAACAUGUACUUGUACAAUAGCACUGAAAGUUUCAAUUAAAAUAAUUAUUGCAAA